UUCCUACUACUAUGUAUUAUGUGUGACCAAGUAAAAUAGUACUAUUCUAUCCAUUGAUACUGUUCUUGAAAGCUAAUGGAGGUCCCAUAUGAGAGAGAGGAAGAGGAAGCAAUUGGUGUAGAAGACUUGCAACCUAGGAGAAGAUCUUCUCAUCCUCCUAACCCACCAAAUAAUAACAACACUUCAUCCAGCAGUGAAAGUAGUUUUACAAGUGAUAGUUCUUUUCAUGGGUCUGUAAUUAUGGAUAAUGAUCCUACUAUUAAUGGUAAUUCAGCUAAUAUAUUUACCAAUGGUGAAAAUCCCACAACUAUUGAGCUAGAUUUGUCUCAUGGUAGGGAAAAAGAGGCAUACUUUGAGGAGCCCAUCAGUGUAGCUCAGAAUGGAGAUAGCAAUGGAUUCACUAUUAAGCAAAAUGGAGUUGGCGUUGUUGAGUACUCUCUUCCAGAGCGCAAUGGAGGAGAUGAGGAAACAGAUAACAAGUCUAUUGCUUCUGAUUUUUUCAAGAAUCCAGAAACUGCUGUAGGUCUCCAAUAUGUGGAGAGCUUGUUGGAUGAUAGCUCUAAUGGUGUCAAUGGUGUGCUACCUAAGAUAUAUAAUGGUGAAAACAUAGCGGACAAUACUCUUAUUGUAAGUGGCCAGACUGAAAUAGUUGAAACAGGCAAUUUUGAGGAAGUUGAACCAGAAGGAGAAGAAUUUGACGUUGAACGAGUGAUAAAGGAGCAGAAAACUCAUGAUUUGUAUUGCCCUAAUUGUAAUAAGUGUAUUACAGACAGGGUUGUUUUGAAAAGAAGAAAGAGGAAACGUCAAGAUUUACCCAAGGAUGAGCCUUUAGUGGUCAAAACUGGUCGGUUGACUGCUGUGCGUCCUGAUUUAGUUGACGGAAAGCUGGAUAAUGAUCAAGUUGAAAAGCCGGAAAGGUCUCCUGAUGAACGUCUUGAAGCCAUCUCAUGCUUUUCGUGCUUCCACAUCUUCCUUCCUAAAGGAGAUGGUUUUCUAUGCUGGAGAUUCAAACCUAAACAAGAUGUUACUCUGCAUCCUGAUGAGCAAGUGGAUGAAUACAUGGAUCCAACAAAAACAGAUACUGGGAAAGGAACAGCUUUUCCUUUGUGGAUCCUGACUUGUUGUCAGCCAUACCAUCCAGAAGAUCCUGUGCCGAAGCCUGGGCAAUCUCCACCAAAUUCAGACGAGGAGGUCCCGCGCAAAGAAAAUGAUAUUCCUUCAACAACAUCUACUGCUACGGAUGUCCCUCCUGGUGACAGUAAAUUUCACUCGACACCUUCUCAUGAUACACCGUUGCCUUCCAAAUUUCAACCCCCUAUAGCACCUGACUCUGACUUACCACCUUCCUUUGGACCUGUUGAGGAAAUCGCAAACCCACCAGCUCCUCUACCUCCUGUAAGUCCUGAAGAAGCCGAAAAGAAUAAUUUACCAAUGUGGAUUUUCACUUGCUGUCAACCUGCUAGUAACAACAUCAAGCAUGCACCAAGAACAGGUACCAAGCUUCCAAUUGAAGAGAUCAAAUCUUCUUUAGCACCAUCGAAGGACUUACCAGUACCUCCUCAGACUCCUGUAUAUAAAUCUGAAACCGAGCUACCACCAGAACAGCAACCUCCUGCAGCACCUAAGAAAGAUAUCUCUCCACCAGAGACUCAACCUGUCAAAACACCUGGUUACGAAAAUCAAGUACCUACUGAUAAGAUACCUGAUCUAACAUCUGUAGAAGGAACAAGUUUUCCAUUAUGGUUCGUGAAUUGCUGCCAGCUUUCCAAGGAUAAAGCUAAAGCAAAGCCUUCGACGAAACCAGAUGAGCCAGUACUCUCGCUGGAGUCUAAACCUUCACAAACAAUGGAGGAUGGUACAGAAGUCCAAAAAGAUGACACAAAUCUUCUUUUAACACCAUCCGAUGCAGAUACAAUAUUACCUGUUAUUCCUCCACCUUCUACAAUAGUUGAAUCAGAACAACCAGUACCACCUAAAUCCAUAUAUCCCAAAAUUCCUGAUGAAGACGUACCACCACCACCUGAUCAACCAGAAGCUCCUUCAACUCCUCCGAAAGGAGACGUGAUCAUACAAGUGCCCGAUGUGCAUGAGCCUCAACCUUUAGUUACACAGCCCGGUGCAUCGACGUCUGAACCGCAACCUUUAACAGACAAUAAGACACCCCUCAUCAGACAACCAAGUGAACCACCAAGACCCGGAGCUGGUGUCGACAUAAUGAAAGCCAUUGUAUAUGGUGGUCUCCUAGAAUGCAUCACCAGCUUAAGCGUUAUUUCUUCUGCAGCCGGUGGAGAUGCGACCACUUUAAAUAUUGUAGCUUUGGGACUUGCCAACGUCUUUGGUGGAUUCAUUGUUCUUUUUCAUAACCUAAAGGAGCUAAAACAUGAACAAGGAACAGAGCGUUAUUCGGAGCAGCUAGGGAGGGCAGGGCACUUUGUGCUGCAUGCAUUUGUGUCCGUGUUAUCCUAUCUUGUUUUUGGUCUAAUGUCCCCGAUCAUAUAUGGGUUUACCUUUCGUAAGAGCGAUAACAAGGACUAUAAACUCGCAACACUCGCAGCUGCUUCACUUGUUUGCAUUACUAUCCUUUCUAUAGGGAAGGCAUACGUCCAAAAGUCUCCUAAGCCGUACUUUUCAACAGUCUUCAUUUAUGUAAGUAUGGGAUUUAUGGUCUCCGGGAUCACAUAUGUGGCUGGUGAUCUCAUUAACAUGCUACUUAAAAAACUCGGUGUGUUCGACUAUAGAGCUCCGCGUGUUCUUGGAGCCGGAGCAGUAAAUGGCGCAUGGUCGGCAUAUUGAUUUGUUUUCACAUAGAAUUUUUCCUCGUUUUCUUUUUUCCGUUUUCUUUUUUGUGGCUUUAUUUUGUAAUACUAUUGAUGAUCUUGGGAGAGGGUUUGGGAUGAAGUUUUAUGAUUCUUUGUAGCAUAAUUAUGGUUUUACAUAAUAAAAAGGGAUUGCUUGCUUGAGAAACUGUUAAGCAAAUUAUUGUUUCAUUUGCUAACAAUUUUAUAUGGAGGAAGACACAAUGUUUUAUGUUCGUUAUGUUAUGACUAUAUUAGGACUUUUGUGGCUCUCAAAUCAAUGCACCAAAAAAAGAAUUGAUUAGAUUGA